CAUGAACAUAAUUAGAUAAAUAAGAUCAUGUGACUACUCUCUAGUCUUGUGACGUCUUGUGUUACAGUCAACAUUAUCUUGUUCAAUCUGAAGUAAAAUGGAAAGUGAGGGAUCCACUACAGAAUGUAUUCCUGAAGAAGAUACUGCUAAACUAACAUUGGAUCCACCUCCAGCUUAUGCCCCACCUCCAGACUCAUCUUCACAGGCAGUCCAGUAUUUCUCUCAAGAGCAAGCUGCAGUUAUAAUUCCAUCACAGACUCAAAUUCCACAGUAUGUACUUCCUGAUGAUUACUUGAUACUUGUAUCAAUCCUGACUUUACUAUGUGUAAUAGUCAACGUCACUUCACUCAUAUUUGGAAUACCAGCUCUAUAUCUCUCUUGGCAGGCAUAUGUUGGUAAGAGGGAAGGUUUAUAUGCAAAGACUAAGAGAAACGGCUACAUAUCUGCUAUCUUGAGUCUCCUCAAUUUGCUCUACACUGGAUGCGUCACUAUAUUAUUCAUUGGACUGUUUAUUGGAUUUCGUUGUGGUUAUGGGGUUUAGGUUAUUAAUUCUCAUUUUUAUUUUUACUACAUUCCAUCAUGAUAAGCCUGAUUUCAUUUAUAUAAUUACUAUGAAUUUAUUGAUAUAAUUACAACAUA